GGAUUCCCAGACUUUAGCCCACAGUUUUACGGCUUCCAGGUCGACCCGCUCGAGGGCAACCGCGUGUGGUAUGUGGCGAGAGGCCGCGGCACCAACACCGGCCCGUUCCCUCCCUUUGCACCUGUCCCGACGGGGCGCUCGCUGGUCAACCCGCCGCAAGCCUGCAGCCUCACCUUCGACGAGAAGGGACUCGUGACCAAGUACACUAUUGGCGUGGUGAUGGACCGGCAAGUCGGCAACACGGGAGGCCUGGGCGGGCUGUACGGCAUCCUCUAUGCGAUCGGCAGACCGCUGCCCUUUCCCGAGGCGCAGCCGUGGCAAAUGUCGAAACGGUACAGGCUCUUCCAGGGCGUGGGCAGCCUGGUUGGCGCGCUGGCGGGCAGGAAGUGA